GCGACUUGCUAACGCUUGAUGUCUGUCUGUUUGAGGCCGCAGUGAUGGCUUUGUGCUUCCGCUAUUCACGGAGAACGCUUGCGCUUCUCGCUAUUGUGAUAGGAAUCGAGUACGCGAUAGUGCACAGAAUUUCCCUGGACGCGCUUCAUCGCAGCGACGCCGGGCUCGCUGGAUGGAAGCAAUUGGUUUCUAACUGCAACUGCGUCAACUGCGAGCCGCAGCGCUGGACGCUCAUACACGAUGGUUUGUACCAGCGCGCCUACUCGGUGCACCUGCUGCACCGCGUGCUGACCAUCAGCUCUGAGGACGGCGACCCCUAUGACGCCUACGAGGCAGCCGAGGGCGAGGAGGACGGUGAGGAGGAGGGCCAGCCCGAAGCCGACGGCGGCAGCGGCAGCGGGGACACCAGGGCCACCUACGCGCAGCAGCUGUCUGUGGAUGCCGCCGGGUCGUACGCCUUCGCCCCACGCGACAUGCUGUCCCCCAGCAUCCCCGUGACCAUGCCCGCGUCGUACAUGGCGUCGGCGGCCUCCAGCAGUAGCCCCAGCAGCAGCAGCAGCAGCAGCGGCGCCAACAGCGGCGCCAGCAGCGGCAGCGGCGGAGUGGGCGCCGUACAAGCGCUGCCUUCCGGCGGCGGCAGUAGCGGGCACGAGCCGGCCUCGCCACGCGCUAGCUCCUCGCAACAUCCGCCACGGCCCGCCGGCGCAGACGCCGCUGGCAGCAGCAGCGGCAACAUGCCCCACGGCGACAGCGCCUCCUCCUCUGCCCCCUCCUCCUCUGCCCCCUUCUCCACCUUCCCCACCAGCACCAGCACCACCACGAACCCCAGCGACAGCGGCGCCCCGCGCCUGCUGCAGGCAGUGGUAUGGCAGCCGGGCAAGGUGCUGUCGCUCUUCCCCUGGCAGCUUCGGGCCCACUUCUUCCUGUCGCUGGCCUCCACCCGCAUGUACCUGCUCAUGGGGCUGUGGCCGAGGGCGGCGGCGGUGGCGGCGGCGGCGCCGCGGCGGCUGCGCGGCGCGCCCUCCCCCGCCGGCGCGCCGGGAUACAGCGGCGGCAUGGGGUAUGCGGCGGGUGGUGGCGGUGGUGGUGGUGGUGGUGGUGGUGGUGGUGGUGUGGCGGCGGCGGGCAGUCAGCAGGCGCCGUAUGGAGGCUCGGCGGCUGAGGGCGGGGGCGUGGCAGGGAGCGGCGGCGGGACGGGGGCGCCGGGAGCGGACGGCAGCGCCGCGGGGGCUCCGGCUGGCCCCGGCGGUGUGGGCUACACGCACCCGCACGCCCAGGCGCAGGCCACGGCGCACGCGUUCGCGCAGCACACCUACCACCAGCAGCACACCUACCACCACCACCACACCCAGUACACCCAGUACGCCCCCGGCAGCGCUCACCACCACCACGCCUACGACGGCCUACACGGCGCUGGCGGCGCCGCUGCCGGUGGUGGCGGCAUGCUGUACGGUCUGGGCCGGCCCGGCAACAGCGACGAGAGCCAGAGCCUUGCGGCGGCGCUGUCGGCUCUGGGCCGCGGCGUGCCGGCCUUCCUGCCGCCCGAGAUGCUGGUGGAGCACGGCGUGCAGGAGGACCUGAUGGCCAGCUGUGUGUUCCGGCCAGCGGUGCGCGCCAGCGGCGGAGCGGAGCAGGGCGCAGCAGGCGGAGCAGGAGGCGGCGGGGCGGCGGCGGGGCCAGGUGGCGCGGCGGCGGGCGGGCCGGGCGGGGAGGCGGGCGGUGCCGGAGGUGUGGUGGCCCCGCUCAAGGCGCGGCUGACGCACUGGCGCCGCGUGCUCCCCUCCCUGCUGCGCGGCUGGCUGGGCCGACUGGCGGGCAGCAUCAAACACCACGGCGGCCGGGCGGCGGCAGCGCUACGACACGCCGCGGGCGGCGGCAGCGGCGGCGUCGCGGGCGACAUGCCGCAGCUGGCCCCGGCCGCCAACACCUCGGCCACAGCAGCCCCACCCGCUUCCACCCCCGCCACCCCGUCCCUGGAGUCCGGCGCUGCCGGCGUGGCCGGCGCGCCGCCGCAAGGCGCGCCGGGCCAGGACCAGCAGAGAACCCAACAACAACAGCAGCAGCAGCAGCAGCCGCCUCCUCCUGCACAUGGGCACCAGGGCCCGCAUCAGGGCGGCCUAGCCAGCGGCCACUACGCCUACGUGGAGUGCCGCCUGUACCGCACCGACCGCGGCCGCAACGCCUCCACCACCUGCCCCGCCAUCCUCACUGUGCUGCCCUCGCCGCCGCCGCGCCGCAGCGGCGUCAGCCGCCUGCUGCAGCGCGUCAAGGCCGCCGCCGCCGCCGCCGCCACUGGUGUGCUCACCAACAAGCAGCCGGUCGCGUCCGCGUCCGCCGCCGCCGACUCUGCCGCCGCCGCCGCCGCCGCAUCUGGCUCGAAUGCCGGCGCCGGCGCCGACGCCUUUCCCUCGGGCCAGCACCGCACCGGCAGCAGCAGCAGCAGCAGCAGCGGCAGCGGCGGCCGGAGUAGCAGCAGCGGUGGCGCUACAGCCAACACCACCACCUCUAAGUGGCGGGCGCUGGUGGCCCGGCUGGCGGGCGACGUACGGCACAUGGCGGCGGGCGCGGCUGUGCCGUACAAGUGGGCGCCCAUCCUGGCUGGGCUGCUGUCGCCGCACCUGUUCCUGCUGGCCUGCCUGCCGGCGGUGCGGGCGCUGGGGCUCAUGGGGCCCUUCACGGCGCGCCUGUGUGCCUACCACGCCGUGUGCCUGCUGCUGACUGCCGCCGACCACCUGCUGCUGCUGCGGCUGGCGGCGGAGGUGUGGGUGCGGCUGCGGAGGCCGCCGCGAGGGGCGGCGCCAGUCGCAGUCGCAGGGGCAGUCGCAGGGGCAGGGGUGGCAGCAGCAGGAGCAGCCGCCGGCGGUGAGGGCGGUGCCGAGGGUGGAGGCGGCGGCGGGGCGGGGGAGGGGCCUGUGGCCAUGAUGGCAGGCGCGGCGGCCGCGGCGGCUGCUGCGGGCCGCGAGCGGUGGCGGCGGUGGCUGGCGUGGUGGCAGUGGCUGCUGCUGGACGGCUUCUUGUCGGCUGGGUACGGCUUCAGGCUGGUGGUGAUGGGCAUCCUGACCAGCAAGCAGAUGGAGCUGUGGACGCACCUGUACGGCCCGCACUGGCAGCCGCACCCGCUGCUGUCCUGCUGCCUGGUGCUGCCCGCCUCCUGGCUGCUGGCGGUGGCGGGCACCUCCGCCGCCUGGCGCCUCACGGGCGGGCCGCAGCCCACCUCCGUGCCGCUGCUGCUGUUCCAGGAGGGCUUCCUCUCCGGGCUGUCCUCGCCGCUCUACUCCCUCGUCUACAUCACCUUUGCCGUGCUGGGCCUGGGCGGCGGCGGCGUGGGCGGCGGCGCCGGCGGCGUGCUGGGCCUGGCGGCGGCCGGCAGCCGCCUGCCUCUGUGGCUGCUGGACGCAGCUGCGGUGAGCCCACUGCUGGCGGUGGUGUCGCUGGACGUGUUGUGGAACAUGGACACGGCGGCGCGGGCCUCGCCGCUGCUGUGCACGGUGGUGACGGCGCUGAGGGCGCACUCGGUGGGACCGCCCGGAGCCGACGGCGGCCCUGGCGGCGUGGGGCUGGGCGGCCGGCGGCGUGGCGGCGGCGGCGGCCGUGGCGGGCGGCUGGGCGGCGGCGGUGGCGGCGUGGGCCGCUUUGGCGGCGGGCUGGGCGAGUGGGAGGAGCGGCUGCUGUUGGGGGGUGGCGGCGGCGGGGGCGGGGGGCUGCGGGACGUGUCCGCCAUGAAACACACCAGCCUGUGGAUGCUGCUGGAGCAGGCCAGGUGGUGGGCGCACCAGGUGCGGGACGCGGCGGAGGAGCAGCGCCAGCAGCAGCCUGGCGGGCCGGUGGUGGGCGGUCGCGCGGUGGGGGCGGUGGCGCGGGUGGCGCUGGCGGCGCGGCACGCGGGUGUGGGGCCGCUGCCGCCGCGGGCGGUUGCUGCCAUGAUGGCCGCACUGCUGCUGCCGCUGCCGGAGCCCACCUGGCCGGCCAGACAGCGGGAGCACUACGCCCGCGCACUGGACCUGCUGCUAGCCGCCGCCGCCGCUCCCAACGGGGCCGCCGCCGGCGGCGGCGCCGGCCGCCGCCGCCGCGCCUUCCGUGGCGGCGCGGGUCUGGGGCUCGACGACGUCGGCGUCAAUGGCGGCGGCGGCGGCGGGCUAAUGGGUGAUGGUGAUGACGACGGGGAGGAUGAAGAGCUGGAGGAAGAUGAGGACGCCCUAGGGCUUGGCGGCGGCGGCGGCAAUGGCGGCGGCGGCGGCGACGCGGUUGUCCAGGGCAUCCUAGACGAGGUGGUGGGCGCCGCCGGAGGCGGCGGCGGCGGCGGAGCAGGCGGUGGUGCAGGGCAAGGGCGAGCGCAAGAGGGCGUCGAAGGUGGCGAGGGCGCUGCUGCAGGCGGCGAGCAGCUGGUGCGGACGGCGAGCGGGGGGCUGCGGCCGCUGUCGGCACUGGAGGGGGAGCUGCGUGCGGGCCUGGCGCAGGUGGCGGCGCUCCGCAGUCAGCUGGCGGCUGUGGGGCGCGGCGUGCGGGACCUGCUGCUGCUGGGCAGGUGGCCGCCGCCGCUGCAGCUGCCGCCGGAGGCGCACGGAUGGACGGAGCAGGUUCCCCACGGCUUCCUGUGCCCCAUCACGCACAGCCUCAUGACGCAGCCGGCGCUGCUGGUGAGCCCGCAGCUGAGCGAGGCCUCGCCCACCUACGAGCUGGCCGCCAUACGGCAGUGGCUCAAGUCCAACAGGACGGACCCCACCACGGGCCGCUUCCUCAGCUCCUACCACUUCAUCCACAACGACAACCUGCGCAAGGCCAUCGAGGACUGGGUGGCGGACAGAGUGGCGGCGGAGGCGGCGCACGCGCAGCUGCUGGAGGCGCACGCACAGGAGCUGCAGCGCCUGCAGCAGCAACAGCAACAGCCGCAGCAGGCAGGAGCGGGCAGGACACGGCCGCUGUCGCCGCACGCACGGCCGCAGCGCAGCACGCGCCGGAGCACGCCGCUCUCGCCGGUUGCCACCGCGACCGCAGCGGCGGCCGCGGCGGCGGCGGCGGCAACGGCCACUGCCAAUGGCGCGUGCCGCAGCCACCACCCGCACAGCCCGCUCGGGACGCCGAUGUCGGCGGCGGCUGCAGCCACGGGCGCGGCCAGUUGCUACAGCGGCGGCGGCCGGCCGGCGGCGGCAGUAGCAGCAGCCGCACCCGGGGGCCGAUACGGACCUGUGGAUGGGCCCAUGCCGGGUCAGCGCAGUGUGUGUGUGGGAACCAGUGAGCUGCUGGCGGCGAGGUCGGUGGGGCUGCGCUCGCCACAGCGCCUGGGGCGGCCGGCCGGUGACUGGGAGGGCGGCGUGGGCCGCAGCCGCGGGGGCCGGUCCAGGUCUCGGGGGCGGCCGCUCACACGGAGCGCGGCCGCGGCAGAGGCGGAGGCAGCGGGCGGGGGAGGGGGAGGGGCGGAGGGCCCGGCGGUGGCGGCGGCGCGGCAGGUGGUGCAGCGGGCAGUGUCGCGUCAGCGGGGGCUGACGGGGACACGGAAGUAGUAGGGGCGAGGGCGCAGGCUGUUUGGUUAUGAUGCUUGACUAUGAUUCGUGUUUGACGGAGUUGUAUUCUUCUUGACUGGCGGUACAGGUAUAAUGCGUUGAUAGCAAGACAGGAACUGCAUACGGGGGCCAGCAGCUCCGUCCAACGGGCUUGAAUUGCAUAACGUAACGGCGACCGUUGAGACGUCGGGAAAUAAGUCAACGACGACAUUGUGUACGACUUGAAUGUUGUGUGGCGUGCGGCGGCCACCCAUGUGGCCUAGCACGGUGCCGCAGUCACAGCCGCCGCCUGCCUUCUGCUAGAGCACGGAAGGCUUGUCGGGCUGUUGCGGGCAGGUAGGCUAGCAGUUGUGCAGAGAGUCGCACCACACGCCGGUUGACAUCAACACAGGCAACUAGGCGUGCGCCAAUUCAACAUCCGCUCGGGAGAGUACAUACGGAAUCAUGCGUUGGUAUGUGGAGUGAUGCUUGUACUUGUGGAGUUGCGGCACGAGUGGCGGCGCGGACGAAGUAACCAGCUUUCGGCAGCUCGCAUGUGUUGUGGUUGCGUCAUUUGUGUGGUUGCGCGCGUCAGCGGCAUACCCGCCGGAAUGGCAAGUGGGAGUACCAUGUGCGCCUGCACGCCUGCACGGCAAUGGUGCCCGAUGCCUUCUGCUGAUGACAGGAGGUUGAUGUGUGCCGCCACAUGUAAUGGCUUUGUUGUCACGACCAUCUGCCGGUUUGUGCCUAGCUCGUCACCGGGCUGUCACGCCCAUCUGCCUGCCCUGUUCCUCCGUUCUUACUUGAUCCUGCUGCGGGCGGGCAGCUCUGUCCUCGCGUCGCCUAAAGCGCUGUCCAAGAGAUGCAGGGUGAGAAGCGACGCCUGGGCCUGGACCGUAGAGUGAUGUUGCUAUGCGCUUGUAAGCACCUAGACUU